GCGAGUCAGCCGCCGUGCGCUGUGUUCGCGCGACGAUACUCAGACGAGCUCGAGUCAUGUGUAAUGUUUUCAUCGCAGACAGGAUCUGUCAGCUAAGUUUCGAUAACGUAAAAGAUGAAUGAAUAAUUUAUUCAAUAACGACGAUUCGCGGGUCUAUUUUUUUGGAAAAUCUCGCCGCUGUCAGAGGACAGCUUUCGCCCAGCAUCUAGUUUUUCUUGAAAGCUCGUGGCCGUUGACACUGCAGCGUGCGGGUCCCGCAGUGUGCAAGUGUGUGGUUGAUUAGCGAACGUAAAGACGAGGACGUCAGCUGAGUCGCGUAAACAUAAGCUUGACCGAGUUUUACUGAGGAGACCAUGGCUCUGCCUCCGGCGUAGACUGGCAGCUCGAGGAAUAUAAGGAUAGGAUUUCAUCAUGCGGCGACUCAUUUUGCUGUUAUUGACAGGGAUUGUGCUUGGCGUGGAAGUUCACUUUGAAAAUAAGGAUAGUGGAUUUUUUCUAAAGCAUACGGCAAGAUGGAAUGGGGCGGGGCCACCUCCAGAACCGAUGGGCACAGCCCUACCUGGAGCUCUUCUGUCCCUUGAUCGGUUUACCGUUCUGCAAGGCUCUGCUCCAGCCUCAGUUCGAGCAACUUACGGUCCAUUUUCUACAAAACAAACUGUCCCAGCACGAUACGCCGUUCCAGAUCCCCUGGAACCGCCCAGAAGAAACGCAACAUUAGUGGAAUUACAAGACGCUACAGCACAUAGGUUAGAUGUAUCAGCACACCUAGUUUUCCGUGAACUACCAAAAGAUGCACCAGUGUUGAGGGUUCUAUUUCACACUGGAGGUGAAGGUGGCGCUCGCCGCGCAGCUGCUCGGCCUAGACGUGUUUGUAUUACUUUACAUGCCACUAUUGGAACAAAAACUCUUACCGCAACUUGUGGACCUGAAGGAGAAGAAGGAGCCUGUUUGGCAGAAUUAACAGUUCCUGCUGCUUGGUGGCCUGCUGAUGGAAAAGGCAAAAGACCACCUAAAACGAUGAAAUUAGCUUAUAGCGCCGCUGAAGCAAGUAGUGGCGAAACGGGUGAAGGUGUUUGCGGAAAAGUUUCAGUUCAACCAGCUUGGCCGCUAGGUUCAGUAACCCUAGCGGGUGCUCGAGCUGGUUACAGAGAAGCUCGUGCUGGUGAUUGUGCUCUCCUACUUCCAAGAGCUCCAUUAUAUCCCCAUUUCCGACUUCAUUUACCAUUUGUCGUUCGCCGUGAUGCCAGUCAUACAAUUGGACACGUCGUAAUAAGAAUGAAAGUGAAAUCGGGCUUGAGAUUGGUGAGUGUGACGGCGUCAAAUUCUCACUGGGCGGUUACAGCUGAAGUAAAACCUCGAGCUGCUACAGUCACUGCAACUCGACUUGAGCAACCACUACGUGAUGAUGACAAUCUUGAUACCGAUAUUGAAGAGAGUACUGGUGCCGGCGGACCAGGAUGGGAAGAGAUUCUCACCUGGCUGGUUGAGGUUGGAGCUGAAGGAGAGGGUGAUGCCGAAGGUUCAGAAGGUGAAUCAGGCAGAGGAAUGGCUCGAAUCAGCUGGUCUGCCAAAGUAUCUUCAUCUACCAGCGUCACUUCCACAACAGAAGAAACACCUCACGAACAUCGCGUUAAUACGAGACUCGACAUCGAAAAGGACGACAUUCAGGCUGUUCUACCCAUAUCAAAGAACUGGGAGGUAUUAAAUACUGCAGUGCUGACUGGAAGACAGGUUUCCCAGGCGAUGAAAGUGCUGAUAGUCUCUCAGGCGGGCCAAGUCGCUGACGUCACACUCCAAAGCUCCUGUCAUUCGGAGGACGAGAGCGUACUUAAGGUUUCAUCGUCAUGUAGUUCAGUGUAUGUGGACGGAUCCGAAAUUCGGGGCUCUUCAAAUGCUUCUAUAAUAGUCAAGUAUGGAACCUAUACUGGCCUGGCCCGGUUCACUGUGUGGAUGCCGGAAUAUCCUCUCGAAAUCGACGUUGACGAUAAUCGCCUGUCACAAGUCAAAGGCUGGAAAGUAUCAGACGAAGCAAAUGCUAAAGACAGAUUACGAAGGUCUUUGUCGUCACGGGGGUGGGGCGGCUCUAGACCCGACGCCCCCAACUCACUGACGGAUCAGCGCUCCUGCAGACUCAGAUACCAACAAAGCAAUGUUGAGGUGUACGCUCGCUUCCUGGCUAAGGAUCACGAUUCCGGUCGCGUUUCCUACUUUGUUUCUCGUCGUACGUGGCUCAAAGUGACCGAGCUGGUUCUGUCUUUGAUGCGUGUUUCCGACCCUCGUAUCGCAUCGCUCAGGGACCGCGUUCUUCAAGGACGUAGCACAGGAAGAACCGAGGUUCAAGUGCUGUCGCCUAUUACUGGACGAGUGAUCGGUCUCCGUGAAGUCCGUGUUGUGAACGACAAAGUGUCGAUAUCUCGUCUCUUAGUGCGUGUUAUAUCCGGUCUGCAGCUGAACAUCUCGCCAGACACCGCCAUUGAAAAUGGAUACGUAUCAGAAACGACGGUCACGAGGCGUCUCACUGCGCAAUAUCAGGAGGGUUUGUUGGACAUAGACAUUGAAUUCUCUGAUGGAAGCCACACCGCCCUCCGAGAUGUUUCCGUUUCCGAUUAUUAUCUGUUGGUGGAGAGUUUGGACUCCGAAGUCGUGGCUUUCGCUCCAAUGUUGGCAUCACGACAUCCAAGGGUUAUCGCGGUUGGUGAAGGUAGUGGAGAACUACUUCGUGUAACUCUCCUCACUCCGGAGCAAUGUCGUUCAGGACCGCUACGUCGGGUCGCACUCCCUGGGAAAGGAGACACAAAGACACCAGCUAACAUAAAGAACAUACCGGGAGCUCUGGCCAGUGCCGCUGCAGCUGUUGAUGUGGACUUCAGCGGUGGUGACGCAUCACAACGACCUGAUACACCACAAAAUGAUGACAUCAUGGCCAGGGGCGGUCUACGGACUGGAAUGUCUGACUUGAGCGAUGUCCUCAAAGGUUUUUCUCCAUUCAAAGACGAAAAUAACCACGAACCAACAGUGCAGGCGCAGCAGUACGGGUCUAUAUUUAGAAGUAAUUCUGCCUUACAUCCGAGACAUCCUCCGCAAAACAGUAUGUCGCAAGUUGAGAUAGGAAUGUUCGUUCUUCUUGGUGCAUUUUGCUUCGCUAUAGUAGUGUUCGUAGUAUCUUGUGUCGUAUAUGCAUAUCGGCUGAAACCGGCUCCGGAAGCUGGUGCAGGCACCAAGAUGGGAGGAAGCCCGUUAAGUGGUGGGGGUAACGUACGCCCAGCCGUCACUACCGCGCUCGCUAGCGAGGGAAAACCUGUCAGAGAAUCCACCACGAAUGCUCAUGAUUGGGUUUGGCUCGGCCGAGCGACCAUAGAGAGAAACGGAAACCGUCAUCCAGCUCGCAAUUCAACCCAGCCGGAGAAAUCCAACAACCAGGAGAUGAGGAUCACUUCCAAUCCCCUGAACUACAACUACUUGGAUCCCGAAGAUGCUAUUCGUGAAAACGGAAACGUCAUGGUCACCAGCUUCGACAACCCUAACUCCAUCGAACUGCCAUCGCAAAGUGAGAAACGCGAUAGGGUCAUCGACUCUACCACGUACUGCAAGAAGCCAGCUAGACACAAUCGUCAAAACUCAGGAGACGGUCAUUGGCAAAUGGAUACAGGAAACGAAGACGACUACCGACCCCCCGUUCCUCCCCAUAGGAACUCUUCAACGCCACAACCUCAAGUCCCUGUGCCACCUCGAAAUCCCAACAAAAUUUUACCAGAGACCGUUAUGCCUCCUACUCGACGAAACCACUCACGGAAUCAUCACAAAAAACAUGACCGUGAACAUGACAUCAAGCGAUCUCCGGAAAAUGGCAAUCGCUCCGAACGAGUUAUUGAUUUAAGCAAGAUGGACGCACCUUACAUGUCAAGCCGAGAAAUGAUGGAUCAAUAUAAACGCGACUCUUACCCCAACCUUCAAUUACGAAAUGACUUUGACGAUAACCCCGUGGAAAAACUUACCAACAAGGACGACUGUGCGCGUCUCUUCGAAUUUGAUAACGACGCUCCGCUCAUCAUGGAAAACAAGGACUUCAGAGAGAUCGUUGGUCUCAACAGAGGCACGGACGACUCACGACGCACUUUUGCCAAACCGGAGAGCCCUGAUUACAUGCACGACUCGGGAAUAGGAUUGCCGGAAGUACAAAUGCGACAUAAGAAAAAGGAAAAGGAAUCCAACAUCAAGAACGAAUUCGUUGAACCUGCAAUCCAAAACAAAGGUGGCAAUUCCCCUGAAGUGAAGCGCGCAACAAUUGUCGGUAAUCCGAUGUACUCUCGCGAGACUGGCCGCGACCAGGAGCCGCUCGCCCUCGACGAUCUCCACAUGGACUACGAUCAGAUCAUGCACUAUUUCCACAACCUCAAGGAAUCGAACGCCUGAGUAGAGCAGAUCAUUGCAAAGAUCCGGCAGAUAUUGUCUACGUUUAAAUAUCAGCAUAUCACCAAAGCUACAAUCGACGUAUUCAAUGCAGCCUCUGAUUCAGUCGAGGCCGGACCUGAGGAUAGCGCCAUCGAUAAUCACAACUCGAAAUCUGACUGCGAUGCGCAUAUUUACGAAAACGUUAAUACAACUGUCGCACCCACGCAGAUGCUAUGUGACUCGAUUGCUCACAAAAACAAUUUCAUGAAAGUACAAUUGAAAUUCUUGUUGGAGCAUUUGAGUGAAUCUUACGAGUAAAAGUUGUGGUCGAUGUGUUAUCCUCUAUACAAUGUGUCCAAAAUUGGAUCCUUGCAGUGAUCGGAAACGAAAUAUAAAAAAAUAAACUAUGUUAACUUUUAUACGUAUUAUAGUGUUAAAAAUAUUUAAUCUAGUCACAUUCAAAAGUGCACACGAUAAUAACUAACAAGAGUGUGCACUUAGCUUAUUAAUACUCCUGUCAAUGGUUAUAAUAUUGUAGAUAAUAUAACUAGCGUUGGUUUUAUGUAUAAAUUGUUUUUAUACUAACGGUCUAAUCGAUUAAUCAGAGCGAUAUAUACCUACCUACACAUAGCUAUAUGAUAAUUUAAUCUUCAUAAUAUUCCAAUACCAAAUUAGAAAUUAAUUCAAUACUUGCAAGUGUCUUAGAACUGUAAAUAUUUCCACUAGAAACAGUAAAAACGCUACCUCACUUAUAUAUCUCUUAGCUUAGCCAAUAUCUGUAUUGCAAGCAAAAAUGUAAAUUUUGAGCUAGUAUAUCUCUUUACAUAUAUCCCCGUUAACGUUAAUAUUUUGUUAAUAAUAAUUCAACGUAAAUGUAAUAGAUUUGUCGUUCUUGAAUAAACGUAUAUGUUGUGGGAUUUCUUUAUAAAAUGUCUUACUUAUUAAGACUGCAAAAAGCCAGUGUUAGAUUUAAAUAUUAAUAUUAUAACGACAUAGUAUAAGACACAACUAGUCAAAUAUUAUAAUUAUGGGCUUAUUAUUUAAUUGCUCAAUAAAUAAAGAUUUUAAUUAAUAUGCCAGAAUUUUUUUAAUAUAUUGACUAUUUUUUACGUUCCUCAAUAAUACCACCGCAUGUUAUGGUAUUGAAAUUAUUUUAGGUUGAUAUUUAAAACAAGUGUUAGCGCAUGGCCUAUUCAAAUGAAUUCUUCUUGUUAAUAGAUGCGGCUUUUUCGAUAUGACCUUGCAUAAUUUAUCUGAAGGUUUAUUAUAUGUGAUAAACGACUGCUGACAAUUGAAAAUAGUCGUAAUAUAAUAAAAAAGCCAUAUCAUAUAAAAACUAGCGCUUGUAUUAUACUAUAUGUAAACAUUAUUCUUAAUUUAUUGAAAAUGUACAUUGCAUUUACUUGUAAGUUAGUUUUUUAGGCUUUGUAAAUAUUGUUAUGACGUUAUAUAAUUUAUAGGUACCCUUCGUGGUGGAAAGGCAAAAUAUGUAUGUAGUAGACGCUUACAUAUAACAGUGUAGAUGCACCCUUAUGUCAGAAUAAUAAGUGUCAGUUAAAAGUAAUACAAUAUAGUAAAUGUUUUGAUCUUGUAAUUGUGUAUUGUGUCCCUGAUAUAUAGAAAACAAAUGGUUUACUCAAAUACAUAGUUCUAAUUAUUUAUUAGAGUAAGUUGAUGGAAAUUAAAUGUCGCUUUAUAUUUUCAAAUUGAAUAUAUACUGUCUGCUUUUUUAGAAAAAAAAAAGAAACUGCAUACUGAUAUUCAUUUAUACAAAUAGGAUGUUGUUUGGCUUUUGUCGUUAGGUUAGACGAGUCGCAGGAUGUUCAAGUAAUUUACGCUGUAGAAUUUGUUACUAACACAUUUGUUUUUGUUGAGUUUUUCCCUAAUAUAUUGUGAGAGGUUUAUUAAUAGAUAAUAAUUAAUGCUACAAAAUUUAUACAUGUAUGCAAACUGAGGCUUGUCACGAAAAUCCUUUCAUAAGAUGUCAAAUAUAAUAAAACAUGAUUAAA